AUGUCGUCCAAGCAGUUCAUCUCGUCCACCAUUACUACAACUCGCCGUGGAAGCAGCAUCGUCAGCACAGAUAACAGUUCUCUGAGCAGAGAUUUCGUCUACUCCCUCCAUCACAACUUCAAAUCCAGUCUACUCUAUGGCAAAAAUAAUGUCUGUGUGGCUAAUGGUGAUCAGCCACCCGUUAAAGGUUAUUUAUCUCUGCAUAAGAGCUACGAGGGAGAGCUGUCACUGAGAUGGACUCCGAAUCAGCUGAUGCACGCCAGUUCACAGCCGUCAUCCGCUUCUGGUAAAGAGGCCGAACAACAGUGGUUAUGGAAGCAAGGCUCUCAUCGUGAAUAUGGAGGAUAUCAUCUACAUUCCAUCUGCACCAGAGAGGUCAAUGAAUCUUCGCCGUCGUCACUUACUUUGGUGAACUGUGACGGGGUUCAAUGUCCUCCACUACAAAUGUCCGCCGGUCAACAUUCACUCGUCUUCCUGGCCACCUUGGAAUCUGGCUUAGCUCCCACCCAUCGCCUUGAUCCCCCACUUUGGAGCGGACCAGGAAAAGAGAAGGCGCUGCCACGCCUUCGAAAACGCACAUCUGCCGUUGGGACCGGAGCGAUGCUUGACUAUGUAUUUCGUAUCGUACGUGUUGGAGGAAACGAGUUCCUGCCCACAUACAAACAGGAGGAGGAGGAGGAACCUUUGUUACCGCCGGCUGUGGAGAGCCAGAGAAACGCCUUUUCAUUAGUGAUGUUUCAGGAUGACCAUGAUUCCGAGGGUUUCGUGCUGAAACAAAUGCUGUUCGCUCAUCUUGAGCAUAUGCCCACGAAAGUCUCCUUUGAGCCUGCGAAAUCUCCUAGCGGGUGA